GGGACUGUGAGGCCGCAAAGGAAGGAUCUUCCGCCAAUACUGAAGGCUAAUAACAAACUAUAAAGGGAGAAAUCAAUGUUCCUAGCUAAGGAAGGUGUUGCUGCAAUAAAGUGGAUGGACAGAAAGGCUGUUACAUUGUUGACUACUGCAAACAACUCAGCGAUUAUUAUAUCUGUAAAUCGUACAAAAAAGGAUGGUACUAAAACUGAAGUACCUUGUCCUAAAGCUGUUGUCAUAUAUAACGAUAUCAUGGGAGGGUUUGAUUGCUUCGAUCAAAGAAAAGAAAGAUACCAAAUAGGAAGAAGAUCUGUAGAAUGGUGGCGUCGUAUUUUUUAUUUUCUUACUGAUCAUGGCUUCGUAAAUAGUUUUAUACUGUGGCAAACGGAUAUUCCUCGUAAAAGGAGAGGCCGUCCUGCUAGCUUCCAAGCAAAACUGUGUGCAGUUCCGGAUGAUAUACGCUUAGCCAAUGUGGGAAAUCAUAUGCCAAAGAUGGCUUCCAACUAUAGACGAUGUAGGAAAUGUAGCACAAAGGCCCAAGAAAAGAGGACCCGCUAUAUGUGUGCAGUAUGCGAUGUACCCUUGUGCAUUGCAACAUGCUUCUCAUCUUUUCACGGCAAAUAAUCGCCUUUACAUUGCAUUUUCUCUAUGACCAUAAAAGGUCCCGUGGGAAGUAUACUUCCCACCCCUAGAAUUCAAAUGUAAACAAAAAAUUUGGCAAAAUAAAAUAUAUUUCCUUAAAUGCUAUUGUUUAGUUGAUAAUAAAACAUAA